UUGGAGCACGUCGAGUGGAUGAAUCGUUAUGGGUUGACGGGCUGUACAUCGAGAACUAUGGACCGGGCGGCAGGGGCGGCCGCCCUGGGGAAGUUGGACAUUGUACAGUUUCUCCACGAACAUCGCCAAGAAGGCUGCACGAAACGCGCCAUUGAAAAGGCGGCUGCGAACGGCCAUCUUGAGGUCAUCCGCUUUCUUGUCGAGAACAGAACCGAAGGAGCCACCAAACGUGGGAUCAAGGAGGCCGCGGAAUGGAGCCAUAAGGAAGUUGUGCAAUAUCUCGUUGACGCCAACCAUAGCGGUACCUGGAAAGCGUUGUUUCGACCGGCGCUCAAAGGCCAUUUGGAUGUAGUCCGC